AUGCUGGGGCUGGGGGCUGAGAUCCGCCCGCGCCCCACCAUCUGCGGCGAGUGCGGCAAAGGCUUCGGGCGCAGCUCGGACCUGGCGCGGCACCGCGUCACCCACACGGGCGAGAAGCCCUUCACCUGCGGCGCCUGCGGCAAAGGCUUCAGCCAGAACUCCAACCUGGCCACCCACCGGCGCAUCCACACCGGCGAGAAGCCGUACGGCUGCGGCGCCUGCGGGAAGCGCUUCGGCGAGAGCUCGGCCCUGAUCCAGCACCAACGGACCCACACCGGGGAGAAGCCGUACGGCUGCGGGGAGUGCGGCAAGCGCUUCAGCGUCAGCUCCAACCUCGUGCGGCACCGGCGCACGCACAGCCGCCAGCGGCCCUGGCUCUGCCCCCGAGUGCGGAGAGGCUUCUGCCACAAGGCCCAGCUGCGGCGGCACCAGAAGGUGCACGAUGUGUGA